AUGGCGAGCAAAACGUUUGCUGCAUAUGGAUGUAAACUAGUGAGUCUAGUCUUUAUUCUAGGCAUGGCAAUGGACCUAUUUUAUGGUGAAGUCGGCAAUGCUCCGUUCAGUUUUGUCAGUGACGCUGACGUAAAAAUCUCCCGUGGUGGCAUUGAAAGAACACAAUAUAACUCUAGUAGAUUUAAUUUGAUAAUUAGCACAUACAUGAGAAGUGGUUCAACUUUUCUCGGAAGAUUGUUUUCAAUCCGACAUGAUACAUUUUACGUUUUUGAACCGCUAUGGAAUGUACAAAAGUUUGCAUUUUAUUGGGGUAAAAGAUCUCUUUGUCAUUAUAAUGAGAAUAGGUGUGCGAGACAAGGCAACGAUGCCGUUGCCAAGGACAUUGGCAAUUCUAUAACUUUACAAGAAUCGAUGGCAUUUCUACAAAGUGUGUUAGACUGUACAUUUCGAGAUCAUAAAAUGUUUUUACAAGAUUCAAGACAUUUUCCAAAAGACUUUCCUGAUCUAAAACAUGACUGGAAUUUUGGAAAAGGGCCACUUUGGAAACCAUAUUUUGAUUGUGCAAAUAUUCCAAAAUCAAACUAUAAACAAUGCUUCUCAUUGAUGACCCCAGUAUGCCAGGGGGCGCCUCACAAGGCCAUGAAAGUGCUAAGGACAACGCUUAACAAUUUUGAACCGAUGUUAAAAUCGAAUCAAAACUUGAAAGUGAUACAUCUCUUCAGAGAUCCACGUGGAAUACUUAACUCUCAUAUGCACACUAGAUUUUACCAAAAGAAAGUUCAAUCAGUAUCGGAUAUUGAAAAUGAUAUCAAAACCACGUGCAAAAGAAUGCAAUAUGACAUUGAUGCCGCUCUACGCCUUAAGCGCUUGUAUACAGAUCGGUUCAGAAUCGUGCAGUAUGAGGAUUUGGGUGACCUACUUCGUAAAGCACGAGUUUUGUACAAUUUCAUGGAAUUGGACUUAACACCGGAAAUUCAACGUGAUCUUGAAAAUUUAGUAAGAUCAGAGAAUUCCACCACAGGGUUCCAUCCCUACAGUUACAGGACUAGUCUGCCAUGGGAUAUUGAGAGAGCUGCCAACAAGCACUGUAAGGGAGUAUUUCUUGCUCUAGGGUAUCCUGUAUAUAAAGAUGAAAAUGAAUACAAGAAUUUAGAUAUUAAACCAGAAAGUCUUCCGUAUGCAUUAGUUUGA